AUGAACGGGUACGGCAGCGCAGCCCCAAAUGGCAACGGCGAUGCGGGCAUCACCAUUCCAGCAGGUGUGACGAAUCAGCCGCGCGUCCUCGUGCGCAGCCUGAACCGUGACGAAGUGGUGUUCCACCUCUCGGGCGUCGACAUGGCGUACGCAAACAGUCUGAGGAGGACAAUGAUGGCAGAUGUCCCAACGAUCUGCAUCGACCAGGUCGCGUUCAUGCAGAACACUUGCCCCAUCCCGGAUGAGAUGUUGGCGCACCGCCUCGGCCUCAUUCCGCUCAUCUCGCGCGGUGCAGGCAAGGGCCUGCGCUACACCCGCGACUGCGACUGUGACGAGGGGUGUUACUACUGCAUGGUAACGCUGCGGCUCAAAGUAUCUGCUGCCAACUUGGCUCGGGGGAACUUCAUGGCCAUCACGAGCGACAUGCUCGAGAUUAUCCCGAGUCCAAACACUCCUCAACAAAAUCCGUAUGGCCCGCCACCAGAGAUCGGAGACGAGGAGCGUGAUAUCACCGCCAACCGCGACCCGGACUUGGGGCAGCCCGUCGGCAAGGGUGACCCGACGGCGACGCCAGUGCAGAUUGCGCGUCUUGGCGUCGGGCAGGAGAUUGAGGUCAUCUGCAAGGCGUACAAGGGCAUCUCGAAGCACCACGCCAAGUGGCAGCCAGUGUCGGCCAUUGGCUUUGAGUACGACCCGUACAACAAGCUGAGGCAUACCGACUACUGGUUCGAGACGGAUGCCGAGGCUGAGUGGCCGCUGAGCUCGAACCACGUAUUCGAGACCGCGCCAGAGUCAACCGAGCCGUUCGACUACAACGCCGUACCCGGCACGUACUACUACGAUGUGGAGAGCGUGGGCUCGAUCCCCGUCACGAGCGUGUUUGAGCAGGCCUGCGACAUCAUGAUCGACAACCUCGCGCAAAUCAUCCAGAGCGUGCAGGAGGAGACGGGCGCGGACGCAGAGGAGGACGAGGCCGACAUGGUUGAGCCACACAUCAAUGGCGGUGACGGAUACGAGUACGGGGGAUACGGUGGUGGUGACCAGUGGGGUGGCGGUGGUGGCGGCGGCGGAGGGUGGGGCACGGGCAUGAGCCCGCUGAGGCGGUGA